CAACAGGAAGUCCAAACUCCAAAGUAUUCUUUCGUGCUCAUCGCUGAUCCCCUCAUUGUUAUUCAUUCUUACUAUUACACCCACCAAUUCAUUCUUACUAUUACUCCCCCAAUAAUUCUUCCUCAGCAAAUACUAGUGCAACUGUGCAAGUUAACUUCAUACAACCAUUUCCUGUUUCUUGGAAAAGUAAUCUGUAGUUCUUGGGAUUUCAAUCAGAAAAGGAAAAUACAAAGAAAGAAAUAUGCAGACAGGAUUCUCGAUAAAGGGCCACUUUAAACUUGCUAGCUCAUCACCAUCACCACCACCGGCACCACCUUUUGCUCUGCUCUCUUAUCAUCAGCAUCAUCAUCAUCAAGGUUCCUGCAGGAUUAAGAUUAUUUGCUGUGACAAAACUUCUUCGUCAUCUUCAUCUGCUGACCAAAAGUUUAAUUUCAAGAUUCUGGGUCGAUCUCUGCUGGAUAAUAGUAGACGGAAGCUCACUGAGAUCGAUGCGAAUGCAGUACAAGAAUCACUAAACCAUUGGAUCUCAAGGACCCAAAACUUUUUGAAUGAAGUCACGACUCCACUGGUAAAAACUGUAAACGAUAGGAAACCUGUUGUUCAGGAUGAUGCUGGAGAUUUGGGGGACAUUUUCUUGGCUGAACAGACAAUUAACAGCAAAACACCCAGUGGAGAUCUGUCCCUACCUGCCAUUGUUUCUAUUGAGCAAUUUAGCAGGAUGAAUGGAUUGACUGGGAAAAAAAUGCAGAAGAUAUUUAGAGCCCUUGUUCCUGGACCGAUAUACAACAAUGCUCGUAAUUUAGUCGAAUACUGUUGCUUCAGGUUUUUGUCCAGAGAUAGUUCAGAUAUUCAUCCUUCCCUGAAGGAUUGUGCAUUUCGGAAACUUAUUUUUGUAACCAUGGUUGCAUGGGAGCAUCCAUACAGCAGCGGAAAGGAUUCCCAGGCUGAGGCCUCAGACAGAGACUCUUUCAAGAGGAAGCUUGUAGGAGAAGCUGCUUUUGUUCGUAUAGCUCCAGCUAUUUCUGGUGUAGCUGACUGGUCCACUGCACAUUACCUUUUCAAAGCUCUUGCUCGUGAUGAACAAGGGAUCUCAUAUGGCUCGUGGUCUACAUACAUUGACCAACUUCUGAAGAUUCAUGAAGGACGAAAAUCAUAUGAGUCCCAAGGGUCCCCCAAGCCUUUUGGAGAGAAAAUUUUGUGCCUCAGUUCAAGCAGAAAGCCGCCAGUGUUGAAAUGGGAGAACAACAUAGUAUGGCCAGGAAAACUAACUUUGACUGAUGGGGCAUUGUACUUUGAGAGAAUUGGCUUAAAAGGCCAAAGCGAUGCAGUGAGAUUGGAUCUUACAAGAGAUGGUUCACAAGUAAAGAGAACAAGGGUUGGGCCCCUGGGAACCGAUCUUUUUGACUCUGCUAUAUCUGUUACCUCCGGGCUGGAGUCUGAAACAUGGGUCCUGGAAUUUGUUGACCUGGGAGGUGAAAUGAGACGAGAUGUAUGGUAUGCAUUUAUUAAUGAAGUGAAUGCUUUACACAAAUUUAUACAAGAAUUUGGACCCAAGGAUGGUGACCAAUCUGUGUACUAUGUACACGGUGCUCACAAAGGGAAGGCAAAGGCAAUUACUUGCGCUACCAAUGCUAUUGCUAGACUCCAGGCUCUUCAACAAAUGCGAAGACUCUUGGAUGAACCUACUAAACUUGUCCCUUUCUCUUUUUUGCAACAUGCUCCUUAUGGUGAUGUGGUUUUCCAAACUCUAGCUGUUAAUUUCUGGGCUGGACCGUUGAUUUCAAAAAUUACAGAUGGAGACAAACAACCAGGCCAACAUCUAAUAUCCACUCAGGAUGCAUCUGAAAGUAGUAAUCAUGUGUUUGACAUAGAUGGAAGUGUGUACUUGCGGAAGUGGAUGACAUCUCCAUCUUGGUUUUCUAAUGCUGCAGUUGCCUUCUGGAAGCACUUCUCCAUGAGAAAUGGAGUAGUACUGAGUAAAAAUCAUGUCAUUGCUGGGGUGUCAUUGGUGGAAAAGGCAGCAAUAGUAUGCAGAGAUAAGUAUAUAAUAGCUGAAAAAACACAAGCAACAAUAAAUGCUGCAAUGAUUGAAGGAAUACCGAGUAAUAUUGAUCUUUUUAAGGAACUCAUACUUCCUUUAACUAUUAUGGCCAAUAAUUUUGAACGACUUAGACGCUGGGAGGAGCCCUUGGUGACUACAUCAUUUCUUGUGUUUGUGUAUACUAUCAUCUUCAGAAACAUGCUCCCUUAUCUGUUCCCGAUGACAUUGAUGCUGUUGGCUGCCAGCAUGUUAUUGUUGAAGGGGCUUAAGGAACAAGGUCGCUUGGGAAGAUAUUUUGGAAAAGUUACCAUACGUGAUCAGCCACCAUCAAAUACAAUUCAAAAAAUUAUUGCUUUGAAACAGGCCAUGCGUGAAGUGGAGAAGUUUAUGCAGGAUCUUAACAUUUCCCUGCUCAAAAUCCGAACAAUUAUUCUUGCUGGCCAGCCUCAGGUAACAACAGAGGUUGCUCUGCUGCUAUUACUAAGUGCUACAAUUCUCCUCCUUGUUCCAUUCAAGUACAUUCUGGCAUUUCUUAUAUUUGAUCUCUUUACAAGGGAGCUCAAUUUCCGGAGGCAGAUGGUUUUAGCGUUUAGGAGAUUUCUGAAGGAGCGUUGGGGCACUGUACCAGCAGCCCCUGUUGUUGUACUGCCAUACGAGGUUGAUGGGUCCAAGGCAUUGAGUGUAAACAGGAGCAUGGCAAAUUCAGUAAGCAUUCAGGGUAAGAGAGAGUCUUGAUCAAUUUUGGCAGAUGAUUGAAUUAACAAAUAAGAUAGAAUCAGUUUAGAUACAGUCAAAACUAGUUCCCCAAAGCAUUGGUGAAAUUUGGGAAACAGGAAGGACCUGUUUAUUCUUAACCCCUUCAGAAGCACAAAACAAAUUGCCUUAGAGGGUGCAAAACUACAAUUUUGUAGCAGUGCUUUAUAACGGUGACAGAGUGUAAAUGGUGGAAUCCUAUGCCCUAUUUGAUGCGAACCUUACGCAUGGUUGCCUUGCAUGCUAGUGAUCAAGCAGAAUGAGCAACCAUCAGGCCUAAGGUAUAUAACCUUCUUUAUUCUUUUUGAAGCUUUUUGCAGAUGUAAAUAUGUAAGCCUUGCUAACA